AUGCCGGCUGUCCACUCCCUGGGCACCGAAGGCCUCCCUGCAGCUCGGGAGGAACGCCUCCUUCCCGAGUUUGUAAAUACCGGCGCCUUGCGCCGGCUGAGGGGCCCCGGCUGGGCUGAGUGCACCGAGGAGGGCCCGCGGGGCGCGCAGCCCGAGUGCCCGCGCCUGCACCCGCGCUGCGUCCACGUCGACACCAGCCAGUGCUGCCCGCAGUGCAAGGAGCGGAAGAACUACUGCGAAUUCCGGGGCCGCACCUACCAGACCCUGGAGGAGUUCGCGGUGUCCCCGUGCGAGCGCUGCCGCUGCGAGGCCAGCGGGGAGGUGCUGUGCUCCGUGUCCGCGUGUCCCCAGACCGAGUGCGUGGACCCAGUGUACGAGCCUGACCAGUGCUGCCCCAUCUGCAAAAAUGGUCCCAACUGCUUUGCAGAAACCGCCGUCAUCCCCGCUGGGCGAGAGGUGAAGACGGAUGAGUGCACCGUCUGCCACUGCACCUACGAGGAGGGCACGUGGCGGGUCGAGCGGCAGGCCACGUGCACCCGACAUGAGUGCCGGCAGCGGUAGGCCCCGGCCGCACGGGAACGCCAGCUCCUUCUGGAACACUUCCCUGCUGCGAACAUUCCAGGGGACUCUGGGAAGUGCCACCCAAAAGGAGACUUUUGAUGAGGAACAAUGGGGGAUUGUCGGGACUUUUGCUUUUCUUGGUAACAAUUACUGCAAGAGAAGGAAGUGGAUAUAGUUCAGAACAUCACCGAGAACUCUGGGCAGGAAGCCCCUCUCUCAAUAAACGUGCUAUUUUCCGAG